UUCUUGUUCGUUUGGCGUUUCGCGGUGACCGGAAGAAUCUUCGGAGUGGCAGAGUUGCGGGUUGAGAGCGAGCUGAAGUCCGCGUUGCCUGAGCGGAAAACGCGGCGUAUUCGUUCUGUUCCCAUAAAACUAGGAACUUUUCUGUAGUCAUCAUGGCGUCUUUAUGGGAUGACUUGGAAAGUCUCGUGGACUCUCCCUCCUCCUCCUCCUCCUCCUCAGCCAAACCUGGAGAGAGAGGAACCAUCGGGCCCAAAGCGGACCUUGAUGCAGGGGACGACGCUGAGGCUCUGAGGACGGCCAUCGAAGGAAUUGGCACAAAAGAGAAGAUCCUGAUUGACAUUUUGACCCAGAGAAGCAACGAUCAGAGGCAGCUCAUCUGUGAAGCUUAUCAGGAAGCCACUGGCAGAACACUCCUGGAGGACCUGAAAGGCGACACCCACGGUGACUUUGAGGACCUGCUGGUGGCACUCGUCACCCCUCCGGCAGCGUACGACUGCCACGAAGUGAUGCGGGCCAUGAGAGGAGCUGGAACUAAAGACGGCAUCUUGAUUGAAAUCUUUGCAUCCAGAUCCAACCAACAAAUCCAAGCUCUCUGCGACGUCUAUUUGAAAGAGACGGAGAAGCAGUUGACCCUUGACCUGAGGGGGGAAGUUUCCGGAGACUUCUCCAAGGCACUGCUCCUCCUGGCCGAGGGUAAGAGGGAUGAGAGCGCCACUGUGAAUACAGAGACGGCAAAAGUAGACGCCAAGGCUCUUUACGAUGCUGGGGAGAAAAAGUGGGGCACAGACGAAUCUAAAUUUAUCGACAUCCUCUGCCAAAGAAGCGUACCUCAACUCAGACAAACUCUUGUUGAGUACAGGAACAUCAGUGGAAAGACCCUGCAACAAAGCAUCGAAGGGGAGAUGUCAGGAGAGCUGGAGGAACUGCUGCUGGCUAUAGUGAAAUGUGUGAAGAGCGUACCGGCCUACUUUGCAGAACGCCUGUAUGAGAGCAUGAAGGGCGGCGGAACGGACGAGGCGACUCUGAACCGGAUCAUGGUGAGUCGGUCUGAGACCGAUCUGCGGGACAUUAAGGCGGAGUUCAAGAGGCUCUACAGCUACUCACUGCACUCAGCCAUCGAGUCCGAUCUGUCGGGAGACCACGGUGACUGUGUGAAGGCCAUCUGUGGAGGAGACGACUAGCUCACUCUCCACCGGAGGCCAAGAGGAAACCUGCUUGGGACUCACACCCCAGGCCUCCGGUCUUUCACUUCUACUCUGCCUGUGUGUUUCUUCUUCAAACUACUGGCAACUACUUUGUAAUCUCAGGGCAACAGACAGCUGUUGGAACUUACAUGUAACCAUUAAAAAUGGAUCUUUCAACAUGAAAACAGCCAGCGCUGGCUGAAGUCGUACUGUCGUGUUUCGGUCUGAUUGAGGUGGCGCUGGUGAAAAGGCUAAACGCUUGCGGAGGAGAUUACGGGUCCUAACAUCAACAUGUUGUCCUUUUCCUCGCUUUCGCUCUCCUUCAGUUUUCCCGUAUUUUAACCCUUCACCUUGAGUGUCCGCUUUCUCCGCUCAUCUUCGUACAAAAUACAAGAGGAAACGACUUGUAAACUUGCACAGGGACUUUAUUUGUCGUGAAGAGAAGCCACCACCAAAAGACCAACUUUUUUUCGUAGCUUUAUUUGCAUUUUCGUGGGGUUAUUUUUUCCUCUGCCUGUUCAUAAACUGGCCAAAUGUAGAAGAUGUUACAGCUAAAGUGCUGCUGUACAGUAGUACUGCAGCCAGUACACACUGAAGAGGGAAUUCUGUUUAAUUCUAUACAAUAAUAAUGAGUUAGUCUGUGCUGAAGGUCUUCAUUAUAUGAGAUAAGCUUGUCCAGCUCUGUCCAGUUUGUUUAAUGUGACGUUAAAUCUCUGUAACUUUUAAUUUGAAUCAGAAAGUUACUUAAAUUAUUAUAAAAUAUAUUCAUAAAUGGAUGGAAAGUAAUUGAUGGCAAUUUGAUGAGGGUUUGGGUUUUUUUUUUUCAUAACUUUGUGAUCAUUCUUUAACUAAAUGGCUAAAUCCAACUAAUUUGUAAAUACAAUAAACAA